UUAAGGAAUAACAAGAACAAACUUCAUCCAUGGACUCAACGAGGUUUUAAUCAGUAGACAGAAGAAAACUUUAACACAUUCAGAGCUAAUUCAGCGUGAAGCUGCUACACUCUGCCAUCUUUAUUACUUCAUAAAGUAAAAUAUGUUGAAAGGUUGUUCCUGUUCUGAGGGGAUCAUCACAUUUAGAAAAUCUAAAUAAAAGUAGCCAAAGACAAGCAAAGAGACCAUGCUGGUCAUAAUGUUAUGCCUUAUUGGAGUAUCUCCUUCAGGAUCGAUUGAGUAGCUCUUCGCCGUGCCGGCAUGCAAUACUGAGCUGUGACCACUGGAGGGCGGUAGAAUCUAAUCUUCAACCAGGCCGAGUCUCAGAUAAAUGACUCCUGAAACGUUCCAGAGGGAGAUGAAGUUUAUUUUCACCUCAAGCGACCGAAGCGAAGUGAAGUGAAGGCGGACUGGGGCUGAUGAUGGAGUCUGAACUGGAAAUAAUGAGAUGACUGAGACUGGGAGGAGUGGAGGGAACUGGGCUGAAGGUGGAGGGAAAAUAAACCAUUCUGUUCGGUUAUGUAAGCAUCCUGUCCUCUACAACACUUAGAAUGAUUACCUCGAUCAUUAAACCAGCUUUACAGUCAAAUUUGUAUUUGUUAUAAACUUUAAUAUAUUUAAUAAAUGUUCAUAAAGCUCAUCUGUGCAUCAUAUUAAAAUGUUUAAUCAAAUGUUCUCUUCGGUCAGCAGAUUCACAUGGAUUCACAAACUCAAUCCGCAGAACAUUUCCUCUUUGCUGCGCAAUUACGCAUGGCCACUCUGGCACAGAUGGUCCGCAUUCAAUUCAGUCCAGAACGCUCAGAUGACCGGCAGAAUUUCACCCUAAUUACAGUGCGUGUGCGUGCGUGUGCGUGUGUGUGUGUGUGUGUGUGUAGGGGUGUGUAGGUAUUAGCGGCAGCUUUCACGCUCUCCGAGGUGCCUUUUGACGUCACGUGGCAACUUUUGCGAGUGAUCCGCGCGCACGGCGGGUUCGGAGUUUCUGCAUGGUUGCACCUGCUGGACAUCAGACCGUCAGGGGCACAAAGCGGGAUUUAUGGGUCGGAGUUUGGGAAUGUGCCCACGACGCGUAACAUGCGUAAUAACGCGCACGAUGUCCCCGAAGCUCGUCGAGACGUAGCUGUGUUCCGACAGAAAAUAACGCUUUCUUCACACCAACGCAGCCACAGCUGUGCGCCUCCAUGUCACCGCUGGACGGCUCUCCAGUUGGUCCAUGGAUAAAAAGAACUGCCGGACUCCAGGAUGGUUGUUGUGGGAGCGACUAACGGAACUUUCUCCGCGGACAACAUGAGGUCCGCGUUCAUGAUCGAGGACACAGUCAGCGGCGGGGAGCCCGGCUUUUCCACCAACAUGAUGAUCUCUGAAGCUCUGGCGCCUCGGCUGUUGAAAAUUGCGCAGGACGCCGCAGAGGCUGCGGCAGCGGCCACUUCUCCGUCCUCCUCCAGUCAGCCGCAGGUCAUGGAGACGAACGGGACGCGCUGCGGGGAGCAGAUCCUGAGUUACGGCCGCGUGGAGAAGGUUCUGAUCGGCGGGGUGCUCACCAUGCUCACCCUGUCCACCAUCUGCGGGAACCUGCUGGUGGUCAUCUCGGUGUGCUUCGUGAAGAAGCUGCGCCAGCCUUCCAACUACCUGAUCGUGUCUCUGGCGCUGGCCGACCUGUCCGUGGCGCUGGCCGUGAUGCCGUUCGUCAGCAUCACGGACCUCAUCGGCGGCCAGUGGAUAUUCGGACAGUUUUUUUGCAACGUUUUCAUCGCCAUGGAUGUGAUGUGCUGCACCGCGUCCAUCAUGACUCUGUGCGUAAUCAGCAUCGACAGGUACCUGGGCAUCACCAAACCUCUGACCUAUCCCGUCCGACAGAACGGCUGCUGCAUGGCCAAGAUGAUCCUGUCAGUGUGGCUCCUCUCUGCCUCCAUCACCCUGCCCCCGCUCUUCGGCUGGGCGCAGAACGUCAACGACGGCAGAGUCUGCCUCAUCAGCCAGGACUUUGGCUACACCGUCUACUCCACGGCCGUGGCCUUCUACAUCCCCAUGUCGGUCAUGUUGAUCAUGUACUACAGGAUCUACAGAGCAGCCAAGCUCAGCGCCGCCAAGCACACAAUCACCGGCUUCCCCAGGGAGGGGGAGCACCGCGCAGGGGCGGCACACAGAGGGGGACGAGGGGUGCACGAGCCCCGGCAGCCGUCAGAGUCUGGGGAGACGGGGAGCGUUGAGGCAACGGAGACGGAGCAAUGCGAGGAGGAGGCCGAGGAGGAGAGCCUGGACUGCGUGGCGGCGGCGCUGAAGCUGCAGCGGGAGGUGGAGGAGGAGUGCAGCAGCCGCGUGUCCCGCCUUCUGAAGAGCAGCGAGCACCACCAGCGGAGGAAGAGGAAGAACCAGUCCAUCUUCAAACGGGAGCAGAAGGCGGCGGCCACCCUGGGCAUCGUGGUGGGCGCCUUCACCUUCUGCUGGCUGCCGUUCUUCCUGGUGUCCACGGCCCGGCCCUUCGUCUGCGGCGUGGAGUGCAGCUGCGUGCCGCUGUGGCUGGAGAGGACGCUGCUGUGGCUCGGCUACGCCAACUCACUCAUCAACCCCUUCAUCUACGCCUUCUUCAACCGCGACCUGCGGACCACCUACAGCAACCUGCUGCGCUGCCGCUACCGGAACAUCAACCGGAAGCUGUCGGCAGCCGGCAUGCACGAGGCUCUGAAGCUGGUGGAGAAGCCAGACGCCGACGCCUGAAGAGGCAACGCAGCCAAUCAGGAGAGCAGUGAAACAUCCAGAGGGCGGGACUAACCUCCCUGCUGCCAGACUGAUUAUCUCCUCCUUAUGUAUGAAGGUUGAGGCCAGAGGAGACGGGAGGCUGGAGCAGAAGAAGCUUCAGGCUGAUCAGGGAUGUCUGGCUCUACGGUGGGCUGGAUUUUGCUGACAGUAGUUGACUGAGCUGCAUGCUGGUUUACACUCCUCUGUUUGGAUGGAUGGAAAUCCACCAGCUCACGUCUGGCUGCCUUUCAUUUUCAUUUGGAGCCUCGGAGAACCAAACAGGAGCUGCAGCUGCUUGUUGGUUCUCCACCAGCUGCUCUUCAGCACACACACCUGGACAAACAAUGACUAAUGUGUAAAAAUGUAAAUAAUGUAAAUAAUGAGAGUCUAGCUGCUUUUUGUCACCGUGCUUAAUGCUUGUUCAAGAAUAUUUAGCUGAAAGCUUCUGUGUAUCUGACCUAUGAUGUCCGUGGCAGGCAGCUCUCUUCUGAACAGAGCAGAACUCAUUUACUGAGACGUUAGCUCAUUCCUGUAGCGAGGAGAGAAAUGUGAUGAUUUCAGACACUGGAGUGAAUGUGCCUGUGCCUCUUCCUACUCUGUCCUUCAUGUUUUGGUUGCCGGGCACAACAGCCUCAUUUUGAAACCUGCACUUUGUGCUUCAUCUACACUGGAAGGGAAGAAGAAACUGAUUUCAACUCAUUCAUCUAUAGAUGUGGCCACUGAGCACUGAAGCACAUUUAUUACUAUUCUGUGUUUCCUUCAUUGUAGAAUAGAAGGACUGUCAGGAAUUUCAACCCAGUAUUGUUAGAUGAUUACUUCUACAAAAGCUCUGAGAGAAACUGAGACGACUAAAAAAUUACUCAUGAGAAAUGACCAUCAAUACUCCAUAAAAUGUGUAAAGUCUCCUUGUAGCUCCACAGCUCUACUUUACAGCAGAGAUAUCAUUCAGAUUUGAAAUGGGUCACUGAAAUCUGGGCUCCAAAUUCAUGAGUGCAUCCUUCCAAAGCCACAUUAAAAUAUCGAUUACCUCACAGCUUUACAAAGAAGAUUGUCUGGAUUCAAAGGUUCCUCAACAUGCAUCGUUCUGUCCCUGGAUUUGAAGGGUUUAGUUUGUCCUUCGUGGUCCAUCCUAUCCCAAGAUGCACUGCGGCCAGAGAGUUUUAUUCUUGUAACAAUGGCAGAUGAAAUGGGAGAUAGAGGAGGAGAAAACUGCUUUAAAUCUAAAAAUCUAAAUAUUGCAGAACAAAAAUCAGAAGCUUGAAGUGGUUGUGGUUUUUGUCUUUUAUCAUCUGUAUAGAAAAGUAGUAAUAUUGAUAAAAAUUUACUAAAAUAUUUAUUUAUAAGUGUAAAAUAUGAAAAGGUGACAAUAAUUUUUACCAGUUUGUGUUUAGUUGCUAGGCGACAAGGCAGAGGUCAGGGUGGGAAUAAAUCUGAGGUUUGGAGUUUUACACUCGUUACAGUCGAUGAAAACCGGCUGAAGUCGACCGUUUAGCUUCGAUGUAAACGGGUGAGGAUGAUGAAACAGAAACAUUUUGUAUGCAACCUUCAGGAUCACAGUUUAAUCUCCACAUAAACAGUUUUUAAAUCUAAUUUUUCUACAUCCCACAGUGAGUCUCCUGCUGAUAAAAGACUAACAGAGUCCAGACACAAACUCUAGUUUAUUGAUCUCUGGUGUUUUCUUUCCAAACUGGAAGAGAUUUUUUAAUCCAACAUAAAACAUGUUGGACUCUGAAGUUCCCAGGCUGGAACAACAGACGGUCCAGUCGCUCUCGCUUAACUGGACUUCCUGUACUCGCUAAAAUAAGAGUCUUUCUCUGCCACAGGUAGAUGAUAAUCAUGAAAGAAGAAAGGUAAAAUAUGUUGGAUUGUUGGGCAGCAGCAUCAGAAUCAUUUUCUCUUUCUGUAACAGUGGCUGGAUUGUGUAUUUAAUUAAAAGUGCCAGAAAAAAUGAGUCAUAACCUGUGAAAUAUUCAAGGAGCUCUCAAAUGGAAAAAACAAGAUGCAACAAUAAUGAAGUCAUAUGAAUAUGAAACAAGCUCUGCAUGUUUUAUAUAUCAGACUGAGGUUAAAAGAACUAAUGUUUCAUUUUUUAAAGACGCUGAAAAACAAUCUGCUGAGAAAACAAAACAGGGAUGAGUCUGUUUUACCGAAAUGUAACGCAAACCAUCUUUAACCUUUCAGCUGUUAGUUUCAUCCAAACUGAACAGCAAUUAGAUGCAACCAAACCUAAAGUAACGGAUCAGAACCAUCAGGACACUAAUCUCUCUGUUCCACAACUUUCCUCCCAAAAAUGAGAGUUUUUGGUCAGGAUGUAAAACUUGAUAUUAAAUAUUCUUCUGUAAGUUGAUCACAUUGGAUUAUUGAGUUUAAAACCAAGAAUCUGGUGCUUUAAUUUAAUUAAAAAUAUAUGUAUUCACUAUAUUGGAUGUGAAGAAAAAGAAGCUGCUGUGUGUUUAUGACAAUCUGAGUCUAAUUUGAAGUCUGUGCUGGGGUUGUGUUUGAAGUGCAGCAGCAUUUAUGUUUCAUUUAUAGAAUAAAGAUGUUCUUUUGUGUAAAACAAUGAGAGGCUGGAGCUCCUCUCCCCCUGCUGUCUGGGCUUAAAUUCCUCCUCAUUACCGACUCAUUCUGCAGCAGCAGACGGAGCAAUGCAGGCUGGGAAACCUUCCUGAUGAGGAAGUGGAUCUCUCUUACUGACGCCUUUAACUUGUUCUGUAAUCAUUAAUUAAAGCUGCUCUGUGCAGGAAAUGAAAAUAUACAAAAUCCAUGAAGGGUUUUAAUCUGUAAGUGGGACAGAAUCAGAGAAGAUGGAGCAGAAAUCUUCCUGCCAUUCAGACCUUCAGGUGGAGACGUUUCAGUCUGAGUAGAUUUGGUUGUGCAGGAACCAGAGCUGCAGACUCUGCAGCGGUCCUGGUGGGUUUUGGUCAGGAAAUGUUCCCGGAUCGGUGCAGUCAUGCAUCAGAACCUCUGAACUGCCCUCGCUCUGGGCGCGCAGCCACAGUGGCUGUGGUCCAUGUUCUGCCACAGCAGAUAUGGAGACUGGAGCUCAGCAGACACACACAGGAACACACACACUCAGCAGUGGAGACGCCAUCAGGCCUGUUCACACAACCUGGACGCAAUAAAUAAACUACAACGAGAUCCAUCCAGUAGAGAUAGUGAAGCUCAGAGGAAACUUUGGUUCUUCUGUUUCCCAUCAUUGACCCAAACCGCCUCAGCCUUAAGAACAACGCUGAUUUCACUGUUGUAACUUUGUACAGGAGGGAAAAAAGAAAUGAGGUUCAUUUUCUAUUCAUGUGCUUAAAUAUUUCUGUGGUAACGCUGACUUUGUAACGUUUAUCUAACAGUAGAUCACGGCUCUUCAAAAAGAUGAUUGAUGGAUUUAUUUUGUUUUAAGGUUCCAAAUGUCCACCUGAAAAAUGUGAAUCAAUAAAAACAAUUAAACGAGAUGUCAGCUGAUAAUUAACUUUAUUAAAAUGUGUAAAUUUAAGAGUGAAAACAUGCAGAGUAAUAAAUGUGAUGUUUGUAGAGAAACAGGACAAAACAACCAUGAUAAAGGUCAGAGGUGAGCCUUAAUUAGUUCGAUGUUACCAGUGUGUGACGUGUGUUUGUGCCAAUAGAUCCUCCAUGUUUAUGAAUAUUUGCUGGAUUUUUUACUUUGUUUGGUUCACAUGCAGCUCUGCAUCCUAAACAAACAGUUUUGCAUCUGUGCUGUUUUUACAUGCUGUUAACCUAUUUGUGUUUUAUAUGAAAAAUUAAGAGAAAACCUUUAAAGAAGAAAAAGGAUCAGAACAUGAAGACAUUUCCUCCCCUGUGACAGCAGCUGCUUCCAUGACCCAUAAAAUGAAACACGUGGAGUUUAAUUGGGUUUAUCUGGGUUAUAAAUGUCCUCAUUGUUUUAUUGGAUCAUUCUUUACCAGGAUGUGUCUUUCAUAGAUUUAUGAAAUCAGGAUUUGAUUUUACUGGAGCUUUUCUCAGAUCCUAACAGGGUUCAGAAUCUGUCUUUCAUCAUUUUCACCUUAACCAGAAGUUUUACUGCCUGCUGGGGAUUUUCUGAGUCUUUUUGGCAGAACUGAUGGGAUUUACUGGAACUGGUUGGUUUCUGAGGAAGAACUUCAGAAAAUCAUCCAUAAAGGUUGAGGUCGAGGCUUUGGGACGACUAAUGCAGAAUUUUAAUGUUAAUGUUUAUUUAAUUUCCAAAGCAUUUUAAAUGUGUUUGGGAUGAUUGUUCUGCUGGUUCCAGGUGUGAUUUGAGGUGAGAUGUGAGAUUUUAGUUGUAGUCCUUCAUUAUUCUACUCACUGUCUCACUGUUUAGUAUUGUGAUCAAAAAACAAAAUGGAAAAUUAUCUUGAAGUGUUUCUGUCGUGUUCAUAAAACUGAGCAGUGUGAAGAUGUCUGGACUGGAACAAGAUCUUUGUUGGUUGAGACCUAAAACUGUCUCCACUUUAAAUGGGAACGCUGGCAGCCCAAUAAUUUGGCUUUAUUGAUGUUUCUGAUUGGUUCUGGUCAUCCGGACCAGCUUCCUUUAACAUUUAACAUAUUCGAUUUUCCUAACAUUUGGUAGAGAGGAUUCACAUUUUAAAAUUUUCUGCUGAUAUUAAAAGUUUGGAAUCCUGAUCUUGGAAUCUGUGGACGGUUAUGAAGGAUUCCCAACAUGCACAAACUUUCUGUUUGUUCUGCUCGGUGUCGUCACACGAUGCUGAAGGAGACAGAAGAGUCUCAAUCAGGAUCAUGAGCUGCUGGUUUCCACUGAUCCAGAUCUCUGCAUGAUGCCUCCAUCCUGGAGAAAGAAAGUCUCAGAGUUAAAACAUUGAUGUUCAUAAUGAGGCGUAGAAAUCUUCUGACUAGAACUGUAUCAACACCGAA